ACGAUUUUAUGACCAAGAGCCGAGCAAGAUGCAUUGUGAGAGGUUUCUAUGCAUCCUGAGGAUAAUUGGAACCACACUUUUUGGAGUCUCACUUCUCCUUGGAAUCACAGCUGCUUAUAUUGUUGGCUACCAGUUUAUCCAAACGGAUAAUUAUUAUUUCUCUUUUGGACUGUAUGGUGCCUUUUUGGCAUCCCACCUCAUCAUCCAAAGCCUGUUUGCCUUUUUGGAACACCGGAAAAUGAAAAAAUCCCUGGAAACCCCCAUUAAGUUGAACAAAAAGGUUGCUCUCUGCAUUGCUGCCUAUCAGGAAGAUCCAGACUACUUAAGGAAAUGUUUGCAAUCUGUGAAAAGGCUCACCUACCCAGGGAUUAAAGUGGUCAUGGUCAUCGACGGGAACUCUGACGAUGACUGUUACAUGAUGGACAUCUUCAGUGAAGUCAUGGGCAGGGAUAAAUCAGCCACUUAUAUCUGGAAGAACAACUUCCAUGAAAAGGGUCCGGGUGAGACAGAUAAGUCCCACAAGGAGAGCUCACAACACGUCACCCAGUUGGUGUUGUCCAACAAGAGUAUUUGCAUCAUGCAAAAAUGGGGCGGAAAAAGAGAAGUCAUGUACACAGCCUUCCGAGCGCUGGGACGAAGCGUGGAUUAUGUACAGGUGUGUGACUCAGAUACAAUGCUUGACCCUGCCUCAUCUGUGGAGAUGGUAAAAGUUUUAGAAGAAGACCCCAUGGUUGGGGGAGUUGGAGGAGAUGUCCAGAUUUUAAACAAGUAUGAUUCCUGGAUCUCCUUCCUCAGCAGUGUGAGAUACUGGAUGGCUUUUAAUAUAGAAAGAGCCUGCCAGUCUUAUUUUGGGUGUGUCCAGUGUAUUAGUGGACCGCUGGGAAUGUACAGAAACUCCUUGUUGCAUGAGUUUGUGGAAGACUGGUACAAUCAGGAGUUUAUGGGCAACCAAUGUAGCUUUGGUGAUGACAGGCAUCUAACAAACCGGGUGCUGAGUCUGGGCUAUGCAACAAAAUAUACAGCUCGGUCCAAGUGCCUUACCGAAACACCGAUAGAAUAUCUCAGAUGGUUAAACCAGCAGACCCGCUGGAGCAAGUCCUACUUCCGAGAGUGGCUAUACAACGCAAUGUGGUUUCACAAACAUCACUUGUGGAUGACCUAUGAAGCGGUUAUCACUGGAUUCUUUCCUUUCUUUCUCAUUGCCACAGUAAUUCAGCUUUUCUACCGGGGUAAAAUUUGGAACAUCCUUCUCUUCUUAUUAACCGUCCAGCUAGUAGGUCUCAUAAAAUCAUCUUUUGCCAGCUGCCUUAGAGGAAAUAUUGUCAUGGUGUUUAUGUCUCUCUACUCAGUGUUAUACAUGUCAAGUUUACUUCCUGCCAAGAUGUUUGCGAUUGCAACCAUAAACAAAGCUGGGUGGGGCACAUCUGGAAGGAAAACUAUUGUUGUUAACUUCAUAGGACUCAUUCCAGUCUCCAUAUGGUUUACAAUCCUCCUAGGUGGUGUGAUUUUCACCAUUUACAAGGAAUCGAAGAAGCCAUUCUCAGAAUCCAAGCAGACAGUUCUAAUUGUUGGAAGCUUAGUCUACGCAUGCUACUGGGUCAUGCUUUUGACGCUCUAUGUGGUUCUCAUCAAUAAAUGUGGCAGGAGGAAGAAGGGACAACCAUAUGAUAUGGUGCUUGAUGUAUGAUCUUACAUUAGUUGUUUCUGGACAC